AGAGCCCUUCGAAACCGGAGAGAUCUCCGGAGAAAAUGGAGCAGCUGGUGGGAGUUCACCACCACCACCACCACCACCACCAUUCUUCUUCCUCCUCCUCCCUGUCCCCGAGGACCCCGACCCACCCGCACCCGCACCUCCUGCGCCUCCCCUCCAACCGCCUCCGGCCGCCGGAUCACCACCCCCACACCCACCCCCACGCCGCCGUCUCCAAGGUCCUCCGCGUCACCCCUCCCUUCUUCCUCGUCCUCCUCGCCGCCGUCUACCUCCUCGCCUCCUUCACCAUCUUCUCCUCGCCGGCGGCCUCGCUCCGCCCCUCCUCCAGGAGCCGCGCCAAGCUCCUCCUCCCGAUGCACCACCAGCCGUCGCCCCCGGUUUCGUCGUCCUCGUCCCCCGCUUCUCCCGAGCUGUUUGAGCUCGACGGUGGCGGGAUCCGGGCCUGGAUCAGCAAUGUCGGCGCCACCGUCACGUCGCUCCUGGUCCCGGACAAGAAUGGGGUUCUUGGUGAUGUGGUGCUUGGAUUCGACUCUCUGGAUCCUUAUCUGAAUGGCACUUCACCUUAUUUUGGCUGCAUUGUUGGGCGAGUUUCAAAUAGGAUCAAGGAUGGGAAGUUUACUUUAAAUAAUAUGCAGUAUAGUCUGGCCAUCAACAACCCACCAAACACUCUUCAUGGUGGAUUUAAAGGUUUUGACAAAAUCAUCUGGGAAGUUGCUGAAUAUAUCAAAGGGGAGAACCCAUCAAUCACUUUCAAAUAUUACAGUAAAGAUGGAGACGAAGGUUUCCCAGGUGAUGUUUCUGUCACCGCCAGAUACUCUAUUCUGGCAAGUACUACACUGAAGCUAGAGAUGGAGGCUAUUCCUUUGAAUAAGGCCACACCCAUCAGUUUAGCACAGCACACCUACUGGAACUUGGCAGGACACAGCUCAGGAGAUGUGCUCGCGCACACUGUCCAGAUAUGGGGAUCUCAGAUAACGCCUGUGGAUGAAACCUCAAUACCUACCGGUGAGAUGAUGCCAGUGAGUGGCACACCCUUCGAUUUUCUAAGGGAGGCCACAAUUGGCAGCAGGAUCGAUCAAGUCCCCGGUGGCUAUGAUCACAACUUUGUUCUUGACAGUGGUGAAGUGAAGUCUGGUUUGCGCCAUGCAGCGAAAGUGACCGACCCUUCAAGCUCGAGGGUCCUUGACAUCUGGGCAGAUGCUCCUGGAGUGCAGUUCUACACUGGUAAUUUCCUGAAUGGCAUUGUGGGCAAAGGAGGUGCAGUCUAUGGGAAGCAUGCCGGCCUCUGUCUUGAGACCCAAGGCUUCCCAAACGCUGUGAACCAACCUAAUUUUCCCUCAAUGACCGUUCACCCUGGUGAGAAGUAUAGUCAUACGAUGCUGUUCGAGUUCUCCACAAAAUGACCCAGUUCUUGUAGAUAUACGUUCUUUGUCUUUCAGCCAGUUUGUUUUGUUUCUUUUUUUCAUGAGGUUGAUGCAGUAGUUAUAUUGAUUGCAAAUAGGGUUGUUAGAUAACAGAGUGUAGCAAAGUUAGGGAGCUUAGGCAAGACCUACACAAGAUUUCCUUGUGUCUGCUGAUUGUUGUAAAUUCAGAUUAGCAGUGUCACGUGGAGCAGAUUCUACAAAUGUUCCAUUAGAAGCACUGAAGGGGAAUGCAAAAGGAAUAUUCUUCUCUUUUCCAACAAAAUUCCAUAUCUGCUGGGUUGAUAAUACUCAUGGAUAGGAGAAAACCACUUCACAUACUUGAAAAUCACAUGUCAGCACUACUAUGGCCUACAUGCCUUAAUGAUAAUAAGCUUACUUAAUUUUAGAA